AUGGAGGAGCGGCCAGACGAAGCGGGGGAGCGCGCGGCGGUCUUUACCGCGACGCUCGUGCCGCCUACGGCGAAUGUGGCGGGCCUCGAAGCGCAAGUGGUUCAGGCCAUUCAUAAUUCAUGCGCUGCAUCGCUGCCGGAGGGUGCGGGUGGGUACUUGUGGCACCGCGAACCGCCCGUCGUUUCGCAGGGUGGCGACGAACACCCUGCAGGCACGCUGCAAGUGUCGAUGCGUGUCCAGGAUUGUGUCGAGGACGAAUGGUUCAUGACAUAUAUUUUGCGUGCACUCACCGAGCGCAUUCCUGGCCUGUGUGUGCGCGUCGAAGACGAGGACGGCGAGUUUCUUCUGAUCGAAGCGGCGAACGAGCUUCCCAAGUGGGUGCGUCCAGAGAACGCAGAGCGUCGCGUAUGGAUUUGUGAUGGUAUGCUGCAUCUUGUCCCGCUCGAAUAUACCACGGAUGAACCGCACGACGAGGACUUGGAGGCGUACCUUUCUGAAAAGGAUGCCGUCGCUCUGGUGCGCAGCAAGGAGGUGACGACGCAGGCGCCGCGCGCGGUCCAGGACGCUGCGUUUGCCCGUCUUGCAAACUACCCAGCUGCGGCUGCUGCGCAUCAGCACCGUACCAUUGCUGUGCUGCCAUGGUCGGUCGCAAAGCUCAUUGUCUCGCAUCCCCAGCUCAUUGCCGAAGCCGUGCAUGCGCUCGCGACGCGCGACGUGGUGAGCGCGCGGGCGGCACAGAACCCGUCGCUCUUCCCGAUUACGCCUAGUGACGCGGGCGAGGCGCCGGCGCAGGACGUCGUGCUUCUUCCGGUCAAGAUGACCCGGCACCUCUAUGCCCAGCUGUCCCACGACCGUUUCUUUCCCCCGAAAGCGUACGGGAAGCGCUGGCAGGCGGCUGUGGAGCGCUAUCGACUGUACAUCAGUGGCGACGACCAGAAACAGUCCAGCGUUAGCGACGAGGAGGCGCGGUUGGGCCGGUGGUGCGACACCGGCGCCAAGCUCACCGCCGGCCUGGAGCUCGCGUGGGCCGCCAAGAGUGCACGCGGCGCGAAUGCAAGCCAAAGCCACACCCGGAAGGACGACGAUGCGUUCAUCCACGCGCUGUCCAAUCUGGGCUACUUUGAGGGCGAGACGCCGCACUCCAAGCGCUGGAAUGAGCUCGCUCAAGAAGCACGCAGCAUGGCACCGUCUGCGGUGGAUCAUGACGAUACAUUGAGCGAGCUGCGUAGUCUGCGGCAGACUCUGCAUGCGCCGCCGAGCGAGCAGGCCCAAGCCGCCGCGCUUCCGUGGUCGGACGUUGAGCAGCACCGUACGGCAGAAGACGACGAGGCGUGGCUUUCGAUGGCGCCCGAGGAGCUCGAUGCUAUCGCGCAGCCUGGCGGAGGAGCCGAAGACAAUACGGUGGACCGGCUCGGCACCUUUAUGACCAAGAUGAACGAGUUCCUACAAGGCGAGGGCGACGUGGAAGGCGCCAUGUUCCAGGACGAUACGUUUGACGAUGGCGAGGAGCCUGAGGACGAUUCCGAGGACGACAUGAGCGAAAGCGAAAAAGCCCGGCGCAUGGACGCCUUGGUCGAGCCAGUGCCGCUGUCGGAGUGGGGCGCAGCGAAUGCAGAAAAAGUGGCGGCGCAGCAGGAUGGGAAGAUACAGUCCGCGCCGGUACCGGCACCGACCGAGCUGCAGCCGCAACAAUCAGGGACCCGCCUGCAGGGCUUGUCUGGACACGAGCACUACGAAGGCGACAGCGAUAGCGAGGGGUCUUUACAGGGUGACGAGCACGAUCCCGAGGACGAGCGCAGUGACCGCCGUCGCUGGCUCGAGCUCAAGGAAGAGGACGACGAUGUGAAUAUGGAGAACGAAAUGCCGGCGUUUUUGGAGUUUACCCGGAAAGCACUAGGGCUCAGUGACGAGCAGUACGCGCAGAUUCUGGACGAGCGCCGCGGGCGUGGAGCCUAUGUCCCCGAGAUGCGCUCUGUCGAGAAAGAGCGCACGGACGAUGUGCCAAGCGUUGCCGAGGCGCGCGCUUCUCCCGUGCAGCGUCAGCCGAACGAGAAUAUCGACUCUUUUGACGCCGUACUGGAGGCUAUGGAGAAGGAGCUCGAAAAGGAACGUGCAAAGCAAUCUCCUGUCCCAGAGCCCGCUGACAUGGACGUCGACGAGGACGAACUCGACGAAGAAGAUGCCGAGUUGCUGCAGCACUUGCUGGCUUCUGGCAACUCGAUCCCCGAAAGUCUGCAGCACUUUGCGCGGACACACGAAGCAAGCAGCACCGAUAUCAAUGCGCUCGGCAGCUUCCUGGAAAGCUUCAAAGCGCAAGCAGGCCUGCCAGGGCCGGUGAGCAACCUCGCCGGCCGCUUGGGCGUCGGAGCUCUGCCACGCGACACCGAUUCGCUCGAAUAG